GUAAUUGUUAAAAUCAUGAGAUCUCUCUUAUCUGGUGUGAUUCUAGUCUUCUCGUCGGUGACUGGAAUUGUGUCAGCCGAUACAGAUUUUACCAGCGACGUGCUCCGGUUACCGUCUGAAGCUUAUAAAUUCUUCCAUGGGGGCGACAACGAUGAAGUCGAGGGAACGAGAUGGGCGGUCUUGAUUGCUGGAUCUAAAGGAUAUCAGAAUUACAGGCAUCAGGCAGAUGUUUGUCAUGCUUAUCAAGUGCUAAGAAAUGGUGGUCUGAAAGAGGAAAAUAUCGUUGUUUUUAUGUAUGAUGAUAUUGCCUACAAUGAAGAAAACCCUAGACAAGGAAUCAUCAUUAACAGUCCGCGUGGUGAUGAUGUUUACAAGGGAGUUCCAAAGGAUUAUACUGGAGAAAAUGUUACUGUUAACAACUUUUUUGCUGCAAUCCUUGGAAAUAAAUCUGCCAUCACUGGGGGUAGUGGCAAAGUUGUAGAUAGUGGCCCCAAUGAUCAUAUUUUCAUUUUUUACUCAGACCAUGGGGGUCCUGGUGUUCUUGGAAUGCCUACCUUUCCUAGUAUUUUUGCUGAUGAUUUGAUUGAUGUUUUAAAGACAAAGCACGCCAUGGGAACCUAUAAAAGCUUGGUAUUCUAUCUUGAAGCUUGUGAGUCUGGUAGUAUCUUUGAGGGGCUUCUUCCUGAGGGUUUGAAUAUCUAUGCAACCACGGCAUCGAAUGCAGUCGAGAGUAGCUGGGCGACCUAUUGUCCCGGAGAAGACCCUAGUCCUCCCCCGGAGUAUGAGACCUUGUACAGCGUCUCUUGGAUGGAGGACAGUGCCAUAAAAAAUCUGCGGAACGAGACUUUGCACCAGCAAUACGAACUCGUGAAACGGAGGACUAAUAACGGCAAUUCGGAAUACGGUUCUCAUGUCAUGCAAUUUGGCGACAUAGGGGUUAGCAAGGACCAUCUCUUUGAAUACUUUGGUACGAAUCCGAUGAACGAUAACUUCACAUUCGUUGAUGAGAACUCCUCGGAGCCGCCUACUAAAGCUGUUAAUCAACGUGAUGCUGAUCUUCUUCAUUUCUGGGAUAAGUAUCGCAAAGCACCCCAUGGCUCGGCUAGGAAGGUCGAAGCCCGAAAGCAGUUUAUGGAAGCUAUGUCCCAUAGGAUGCAUACAGACAACAGUGUUGAACUGAUUGGCCGGCUAUUAUUCGGAACCGAAAGGGGCUCGGAAGUUCUAAAUACCUUUCGACCAGCGGGUCAACCUCUUGUUGAUGAAUAGAAAUGCCUUAAGAAAACGGUGAGAACCUUCGAGACGCAUUGCGGAUCACUGUCGCAGUUCGGGCUGAAACACAUGCGUUCCUUUGCAAACAUCAACGCCGGGAUUCGGACGGAAAAGAUGGCCGAGGCAGCCGCCCAAGCUUGUGCCGGCAUUCAACAUUGGGGUUCUCUU